AAAACAUUAAGCCAACAGAAAAAUUGAAAAAAAAACACUUCAUUUCUUAUACUUCUAGUUAUAAUUUGGCAGUAGAACCAGAAACACCGACAAAGAAUUUGUAAAAAAAUGGCCACACUAUUAAAGCUUUUGACCCUCUUCAUGGGGUUGAUUGCUUUUGCCCAGGCUCAAACAUUCUAUAAUCAAACCGAACCGAUGUAUUGGAAUGAGUCUAGUGCCCAGCAGCUGUUGUUAGAAAUCAAUGACAUGUAUUGGAAGAGUGCUACGGCAUAUCGUAAAUUUGCCGAUGACACUUUAUCGCCCGAAAUAUUAAUGCGUGAAAAAUUGCGUCCCUAUUAUCAGACCAUGGAAAAAUUCGAUUGGAAAAACUUUCGAAAUCCCUUAAUCAAAAGACAGUUUGAGGUCAUAUUAAGAGGAGCAAAAUAUCCCCCCCUUAAUUAUGAGUUCAAAAAAGCUACACACAUCUUGAAAACUAUGUCAAGAAAACGAUACGUAUGCGAUAAGAAAAGACCACGCAUGUGUCAAUUGCCCUUUAUACAUCAAAUUAAAACUAUUUUCACCAAUAGUGACAAUUUAGAGGAAAUCCAAUAUUAUUGGAAAGAAUGGCGCAAUAAAAUGCCUCAAGAGAUUAAAGAUGCCUUCCACUACUAUAUUGAAUACUAUCAGAAUAUAUCGACUCCCGAAAUGCCCGCCUCUGCCAUUUGGUAUGAUCAAUAUGAUGAUCCUAAAUUCAUCGAUGAGCUAGAGGGUUUAAUGGAUGUUAUAAGACCUUUCUAUCGUGAGUUGCAUGCUCAUUUGCGUCAUGUCUUAAAAGUGCGUUAUGGUGAUCAUGUUAUACCACAAAGUGGUCUUAUACCUCAUCAUCUUAUGGAACAGGCCAUGUAUCAGGCUUGGAAAAAGGGCUCCGUUUUGCGUAAUCCUUUCCCUCAGCGUAAAUUGCCCAAUUUGCAAAUGGAAAUCGAUGGCGCUGGUUACUAUCCCUACGAUCUUGUUAAUAUGAGUGCUGGAUAUUUUACAACUUUAGGUUUUGAUAAUAUGACCGAAGAUUUUAUGAUGAAUCAUUUCAUUGAAAUGGAACCCGGUGAGGGUGGUCCCGAUUGUAAAUCACGAAUUUUUACUUACGGUGAAGUUGAACUCAACUAUUGUCCCAAAGUGUAUUACAAAAAACUAUUGCAAACCCAUGGCGAUGUCGCUCAAAUACAAUACGCUUUAAUGAAGAACAAUUUGCGUGUGGGUUUGAAUCAAGAAGCUUGUCCUGGUUUUGGCAAUGCCAUUGGUGAGGCCAUUAUUUUGUCGGUAUCGACACCACAACAUUUGCAACAGUGCCUGGGCUUAUUGCAAGAUUAUAAUUAUGAUGAUAUUUUGAAUCUAAAUAGACUGUAUCGUUUGGCCGUUCAUACUGUGUUGUCCAUACCCACAUAUUUUGUGCACGAAAAGCUAUGGACAGAUAUUAUAGACAAGAAGGUAAGACCCGAGCAUAUUAACUGUCAUUAUUGGAAUCUUAUGGAGAAAUAUAUGGGUGUCCAGAGACCCGUAGAAACUAAUGCCGAUGCUUAUGAUAUGCCCUAUAAAUUCUAUGAGGGCAUUAUUGAACAAUUUAGCAGCACGAAAAAAUUGUUUGGUGAGUUUUUGGGUUAUCAAAUCUAUAGAGGUAUCUGCUUGAAAAUCGGUGAAUAUCAAAUAGGUAAUGCAUAUAAAACUUUACACAAUUGUGAUUUUGACAAUAGCAAACAUGCUGGUAUUAUAUUCAAGGAAAUGAUGAAGGCUGGUUCCAGUAAACCCUGGCGUGAGCUAAUUAAAGAUCUUACCAUACAACAAUUAACGAAACUAUCAGCCACUCCUUUUAUGGAAUACUUUGAACCGUUACACACUUGGAUUGCCGACGAUAAUUUAGAUAAAAAUUUACAUGUUGGCUGGAUGACAACAGAUCAAUGCCGAAAAGUUAACGCCCCAAAUCAUUCAGCCGAUUUUACAGAAAAGUUCUACUAAUUUAUAGUCUUUCAAACAAAUAUAAGAAAGCUAAGAAAAUAAACAAAAAUAUACAACUUAAUUAACAAUAA